GUUGGCGGUCUCCGCAGUAACGCCGCGGCACAAAUGGCAAGUGGGCGUGGCUACGCGCUCUCUCCACCCCUCCCUCCCCCGCUUCGCGUGGGCUGGAAGAACGAAACACGACACCCAGAUAGAGGAGGAGGAGGAGGGAGAGAGUUACACGGAGUAAGUGGAAAAAGAAAAAGUCCGUGGAAAGAGAGGGAGAAAAGUGGAUCGGGCAUUUCUGCCUUCUCGCUUGUUUUGAUUUUGUCGGCUUCGCCUCGUGUUUCAGCGAGAAGGCUUGAAUAUGCAACUUCGCAGCGUAUAUGAAGUAAUCAGGAGUUCAGCGCGGACACGGUCCUCCUCCAUCGGCACGACGCGCUCCGAUAUCUGACCGUAAAAGAGCGAUUCUGUCCGGCCACAAGGCAGCGACGAGCGUCCUCCACGUUGUGGAGGAAAAACAAAACGCGAAAACUCCAAACAAACCGGGGGAGGACGUGUGAAGGGGCUGGAUUUGAGGAGGAAAAGUUUACAGAGGAGUUUUGUGUGUGAUCCUGAGCUCACCGAGAGGAAGAAGUUCACUUCAUCUCUCUCUCUCUUUCUCACUCUCUCUUUCUCAGUUAGCACGACUGCUAACGAAGCGGCUAUACUCUCCAACAUGAAGACCCCGGGCGAUACGGGGUUUGCCUUCCCAGACUGGGCCUACAAGCCGGAGUCGAGUCCUGGUUCCAGACAGAUCCAACUCUGGCACUUCAUCCUGGAGCUUCUGCGGAAGGAGGAGUACCAUGAUGUCAUCGCCUGGCAGGGGGAUUACGGCGAAUUCGUCAUCAAAGACCCGGACGAGGUGGCACGACUGUGGGGUGCCCGCAAGUGCAAACCCCAGAUGAAUUAUGACAAGCUCAGCCGAGCGCUCAGAUACUACUACAACAAAAGGAUCUUGCACAAGACCAAAGGGAAAAGAUUCACCUACAAGUUCAACUUCAACAAGCUGGUGCUGGUGAACUAUCCGUUCAUUGACAUGGGCUCUGCAGGUUCUGGUGUUCCACAAAGUGCACCGCCUGUCCCAUCAGGUGUAAGCACUCAUUUCCGCUUCCCUCCAUCCACGCCAUCGGACGUCCUCUCUCCUAGCGAGGAACUGCGCAGUCCUGGUGUCUUCAGUGCUGUGCCUCGACGCAUAGCUCGUGGCUCUGUCUCCGACUGCAGCGAUGGCACCUCCACCAACUCGGAGCUUGAGGAAACUGGCAUAGCUCCCGGUGACGACCGCCUGGCCGACCGUGCCUUCAGAAACCUGCUCCAUCCGCGCUUGUCCCACGAUUCCUUGUUCCGUGUCUACGGUGCACCGCCCAACCCAACUGGGCUCCCCAGGAGUGGGCACCAUGCGCCCCCACACAGGGUCCACCCUGAACCCUUGUCUCCAUUCCCAGUGUCCCCUCUCCCAGGCCCUGGAGGCUUGCUGGCUCCUGCUCUUUCUCCAGCUCUCUCCAUGACCCCUACAUCUCACAUGCCCUACACACCUUCUCCAUCCCUGUCUCCCAUGCUGGGCUCCCACUUCUCGUUCAAUCCAGAAGACAUGAAGCGUUACCUGCAAGCUCACACUCAGAGUGUCUACAACUAUCAUCUGAGUCCCCGUGCAUUCUUUCACUAUCCCAACAUCAUCAUCCCCCAGCCCCAGCGCCCAGACAAGGGACUGGGAGCGCCAGCGGGUGUAGGUCCACACCUGUCAAGUCACCCUCUGCACCAUCAGGCUGAGGAGCCUCAUUUAUCUCCGUUCAAGUUCAAGUUACAGCCACCACCACUGGGUCGCAAACAGAGAGAAGGGCCAAACCCGGCUGGAGCAGGACAUGCUUCAAAUUCUGGAAGCGCUGCUGCUUCCUUCUCUUACAGCGGGGAGCCUGGUGCAGCCUCAAAUUCUGCUUCAUCUGGAAUGAUGACCAACAACUCAACCCUAACUGGUCCACCAAAGAUCAAGGUUGAGCCCAUCUCAGACAUGGAGUCGGAAGAAGAAGUCGAGGUCACUGACAUCAGCGAGGAGGAGCAUGAAGACGACGAAUGUGAUGUCUUUUCCCCUCCUCACCCUAAUGGUGGCCUCGCCCCUCCACCCAACCACGAUCGCAUGACUGAUGAUGAUGAUCUCGAGGAAGAUGUCUUCAAGACCCCAGCUGCCCCUACCUCAGGGGUUGGGGUAAAUCUUUUAGGUCUUAAAGCAGAACCCCGAGAGCUAAACCUGGGCCAGGGCGCUCCUAUUAGCCCCGGGGGUACGCGCUGCAUCCCUCUGAAGCUGCGUUUUAAACGCCGCUGGAGUGAGGACCAGCGAAUGGAGGCGGGAACCGAAGAGGCCGAGGACAAGAAGAGCAGGGCAGAGAGGGAGGAACUUACCCAGGAGGUGGAGCCUAAACUGGGGGAGGAAAAUGGAGAGCAGAAGAGUCCGGAGACUUUGGCUGCACACCUGGGGACGGGCCAGAGGAGGGUGAGUUCUGAGCUGCAGCGAGCGACAGCACAGCUGUCUUUAGAAAACAACGUUUGCUGAAGAAGACAUGGUCAAACACCAACUUACCAACACAGAGCUGUCCUCCUUAAGGGCUGAAGGCAACUGUUGCUCUCAGAAGUUACGUGAAGACCAUCCAUUCAGCAUGUUCGGAUGCCCAAACCAUCUUUUUAACUUCUGUACAUGCAGGUUCACUCACUUCAAAAUAUUGCAACACUAAAAAUUAUUAAUACCGACAUCUUUUUUAUGCAUUUUAAGUACCAAGGCCCCUUUCCCAAGUUUAACCAGAGCCCCUUGCUUACCGAACCCAUUCCUUUUUGUUUGCUGUUUGCUGAUCUUUUUCUUUUUUUGUCAUGUCAUUCAUGCCAAUGAAAUUUAGUAACAUAGUCACAGGCAAGUGGACAUCGUCUUAUUUAAACAGACACUCUUGGAUGAAGUGAAAAAUGCAGGAAGGAUGCUGGCCCCACCUCAAACUCAAUCAUAGUUCUCAGACUCUGCGAUUACAGACGCUCUUUCAUUUUUUUUUGCAUACCAAGAUUCAAGUCCCAGACUUUUUGCAGAACCAGCUUGCCUUUCACUCUCAAACCAGGCCCUUCAUGUCACUGCCUUCAGAGCCAUUAAUGCUAGCGUGCUAUCAGCCUUUACUGCCGGCUCCGGACACCAACUUUCCUAGCUGUUCAGCAAGCUUAGCCGGCUGACGGGACCACUCAACAACCUCUUAACGUAUCUUAACACAUGUAUAUACAUUGGGGGAUUCGUUUUAUAUAUGUUAGUCCGUCUUCAUGACCACCAGCUGGAUGACAAAUUAUAGAUCACACACGAUAUUUCCUUCAACUUUAUUUAUUUAUUUUUUUAAAUGCAGUUUUAACCCUGAGGGAACGUAACAGGAACGUUGGGGCAACGUAUCAGAGGGCGCUUUAUGGUUUUAGCUUUCUAAUCAUCCCUAAAACCACUUAAACAAUCCUGUACACCUUGCUGUUUUGUAAAGGACGCAAAUCUUCAUGGUUUGUUGGCGGUAAAUCUCAGGCAUACCACCCCACACCCCUUUCCUCUAUCCAACAGGUUGUCUUUGAAUAUAAAGCCUUCAAAUGAACAGACAUUUGUGCCUUUUUACGGAAGACUGACUGCCCAGUGCUUUUCAAUGGGUUGCUUUAUCGACACGUACCAACUCACAUACAGGAGAGGCCUUAGAAACAUGACCUCAAACACUGCUUUUAUGCCUUAUUUAGUUUUGUACCUUAAAAGAAACUAUCCUAAAUAAGAUUUGCAUUUAGAGUCCAUAUAUUCUCUCUUUAUUGCACGAUAGUCGUAUAUAUUUGAUAAAAGAACAAACGCUGGUUUUGAUACAAAUUAUAUUUCAGAAGGUAAAUCUAUAUGGUAAAUCUAUGUCAGCGGGAUGUUUGGUUUCAGGGCCCUACAGUGCUUUACUGUGAAAGAAAAGUGUUGUUAUAGACAAACUUAAACAUAACUGACCAAUCGUUGAGAACCCUGAAUGGCACAGCUGUCCUUGGCCUUAUAAGGUCUACGUAUAGUUUUAACUCGACCCGUCGCAUUUGCGUUCUCCAUCUCAGUCUCUCUGCAGUGUUUUAGUUGUAGGAGGCUGUUCUUUAUCUAUGAUGAUCAAGAUUGAACAGGUAAGACAUCCUAUUUGGCUUCGCGUUUGCUACGGCCAGCUCAAUUUGUAGCAAAAUGCAGGGACUUCGUAGUCAAUGACGGCCUCGAAGAAAGGGACCUCACUUCACCGAACUGACAACUAGAAAGUGGACAUUCAGCCUCUUAGCCCUCAUCUAAAUAGGAAGUAUAGGACCUGACACACUUAACACUCAUUUUUUCCCCCCUCUUUUUACUUUUUUGGAGUUUGUUUGGCGGCCUUACACCGGUUCAGUAUCUGUAUUUUAACUGACAGCUGCCUUAUUUGUUAGAAAAUACUUUGUUUUCCUCUUGCUCUGUAUUCAAUAUAAACAGUGCUGUUUUAUUAUACCUUUUUUGUUUAUAUUACCAGUUAUCAUUUUUAAUGUUGGUAUUAUUGCUGGUAUUUUGUUUGUACCCCUUACCUGGAUUUUAACCUGUCAAGAUGAACAUUUUAAUAAAGUGUAUUCCUCUACCCUCUUUGAUACCAUGAUAUAAAAGUGCCCUGGCUUUGUAUUAUUGCUGGUUUUUAGUUGUAAUGAAGAAAACCAGGUGAAGAGGGAGGGUGACAUUAUGCUAUCACAUUUUUAUUUUAAUGUCUUUUUUUUUUUUUUUGGUUAUGUACAUAUAUAAAUAUAUAUUUUCCAUUUUGAGGGGAUGAUGUAAGAAAAAGACAAUUAUUUCUUGUGUUCAAGGUCUUUCUGCUUUCGCUUCUUUCUUAAAGCUUUCCAUCUGUCUCUCAACGGUUAUGUAAUACUUUGUAAAGAGAGACAAAACUUGACGUUACAAGGAACCAUGUAUACUUUAGUUUCUCGUGUGGUUUCUUUUGCUCUUGUAAUUAAAACUGUAAUCAGGGUUCAUUAAAACAGGUCAAAACGGA